AUGUUAUCCUACUUGACACCACCGAUGCAUCCUCAAUUGUCAUCAUCUGACUCAGGACUUCUCAUUUGUUCCACAUCGUCAGAUGAAGGAGAAAAAUCAUUGUAUCCACCUGAAGAUCAAAGUCUCGGACUGUUUAAUUCACCACAUCUGUCCUACUCACAUCCGGCCAAAGCUUCUAUGCCGUUUAUUUAUGGGCAUUCACCAGCACCAGCCUAUGGAUUCGGUUUCAAUUUUUAUGAUGAAAUGUCUCCGUUUGCAGACACGACACGAUCAUCUUAUACGUACAAUCACACGACGAAACGUGCUGAUCCGAAUAUUGAUGUGAAAUUGGAGAAUAUGGACUUAUGGAAGCGUUUUGCUGAAAUGAAUUUAGAGAUGAUUAUAACAAAGAACGGAAGACGGAUGUUUCCCACGUACAAAGUGUCACUCACUGGGCUCGAUCCAACCAGCAAAUAUAUUGUCUAUAUGGAUGUUGUACCUGUUGAUAAUCACCGAUACAAAUACCAUGGUUCGCAAUGGAUGAUCACUGGUGCUGCUGAACCGCACAUGUCAGGCCGUUUUUAUCCUCAUCCAGAUAGCAACUCCACUGGUGCACAACUAAUGAAACAACCGUUAUCGUUCAGUAAAUUGAAAUUAACAAACAACACUGCUGAUCAAAAUGGACAUAUCAUUCUCAAUUCCAUGCAUAAGUACAUUCCACGUCUGCAUAUAAUUCAAACUUAUAACUCCACCACUGCUGAUAAUAAAGUGUCUACAGGACCUUUGGACAAUGUCAAUAUCUUUGUCUUUCCCGAAACUCAAUUCAUAGCUGUAACAGCUUAUCAAAACGAAAAUGUGACAAAAUUGAAAAUUGAUCACAAUCCAUUCGCCAAGGGUUUCCGUGAAAAUAACGGACACGGCAGUCGAAAAGAAGUAAAGUCAACCAAACGUUGUCUGGAUGAUGUAUAUUCCACACCAGAAUCGUCGAAACGAUGUAAAUCUAAUUCAGGUGAAGACGAUCGAACACCUCCGCCACGACUUCUCUCUACCAAUCAGACAGUCGAUGUACCAGAUUCAACCACAUCAUUCACAGAUUUCUAUGAAAAUCCCUUUCAAUCGCAUUUCUACGAUCCUAAUUUAUACACAUCGCCGUAUUCUCGCUUUACUCCACAAUAUCCAUUUUCUUAUACGCCAAUGGCCUCGACACCUUCAACAAAUGCAUUUUCAUUAGCAGCAGCGGCUGCUAGUCGUUAUUCAUCACCUUAUUCUUUUUCUUCACCUUAUUAUCAAUAUUCCACAUCAUCAUGA